AUGUUGCCUCAAAAGAAGGACCAGGUGCUGCUACAGAACGUGGUGUCCCCUGGGCCUCCCCCUGAGGGCCCCAACCUACAGCCUCCCUCUUCCCCUCAGUCGCUGCCUCCCUCCGGCCCACAUUUCUCCUCCCCACCUCGAUCCCACCCCUCCUGCUCCCCCCUCCCCCAGUCCUACUCUCUCUACCCACAUUUCUACUCUUCAGACUCAAAUUCUUUCCCACAUCCCUACUCUUGCUCUCUCCCAAGUUCCCCCACUUUCUUUCACCUAAAUCCCCCCUCUCCCACCCUUCCACAUUCCUCCUCUCCCCCUCACACUCGCUCCUCUCCCUCUCAGCCGCAGAACUCCCCUCUCCCCAACUCCCAUCCCUAUACUCCUUCACAUCCGGAAGACCUACCUAGCUCCACUCUCCCUUCCCCGAGCCCCAGCCUGUCUUCUCCUGGGGUCCACUCCAACAGGCAGACAUGGUCCUGGCAACAGUACAGAGACACCGGGGUCCCUGGGGUGGCAGGGGGAUGCGUGGCAAGCGAGAAGGACCCUGCGGAGUUCAGGGACCCAGGGGCCCUGGCCCAGGCCUUGGUGGUCCAACUGGGGCACCGCCGCAUCGCACACGACCUGCAGCUACUGCUUUUGCAGCGUCUGUGGCUAGGCAGAACCGGCCAGGCCCCAGUUGUGGAGUACCCUAUAUGCCUGGUGUGUCUCCGACCCCGCAGUCCCUCCUGCCCCAUUCCCAAGUACAGUACUGGGCCCAGGCUGCUUGCUUUCCCCCAACUACUGCCCUGUGCACAGAGCCAGGACUCUGGGCCACUCCGCAUAGGCAUCGGCUUCAGCCUCCACCUGCCUCGGGGCCAGGCCAGGGAGUUGAAUCUGUUGCCAGAAAGAAGAUCGGCACGAGUGGGGCAUCAGGACGAAGCCAGUCAGGCCUCCGGGUAUCAAGCCAGGGCAUCUCAAGCCCCAGCAGCACAGCCCCCAACAUCUCAAGUCCCAGCAGCUCAGGCCCAGGCAGAUCUAGCCCCAGACACAGCCUCCCAGACCGGGAGCUCCAGGUCUCCAGGUACUCAGUCACCAAACUCCAUCUGCUGCUCAGGGCCUCCACCCCAGGCACCAGAACAGGCCUCUGCCUCCCCGAAGCCCAGGCCUUCCCCUGUUCCAAAGAGGCCUGCCUCUCCAGAGCGCAGUCCCCAAAAGUCCCCUUUCUAGUUCCAGAGCCACGGAGGCUCCCUGGAAUGCCCCCUCCAAACCCAGCCCUUCCUGCCAGGUCCCAGAUCUCUGGGACCCCUGG